GAGAAAAACCAACCCAGUGCAGCUCUCCGUGGAGCAACGGAACGUGUGAAUGCGAUACGGCGAGACUCCCGGACUGAAGUCGAAAAUACAUGUUCCGGAGAUUUUUAUUAGCAAACCAUUUUGGCUGCGCAGCUCUUUCGCCCCGCGAUUCUGGAUAGAUAUUUCAAGUCUGAACAACAGUGCGGCCAAUAGCCUGCUCUCACGGUUCUGCAAAUGGCCAGUCCCGGUUGUGAUAUUGGUCGAAAUUCACACCAACAUCAGCAUCAGCAGUCUGAAUCGGCUCCAGAACCAGCUUUUCAAGAAGCGCAAAAAUGGAUCGAGGAGGCGACGGGCCGGCGCUUUGGUGACAGGGAUUUCAGAAGCAGCCUGGAGAACGGGAUUCUGCUCUGCGAGCUCCUCAGCUGUAUUAGACCAGGACUUGUGAAAAAGAUAAACCGGCUUCCCACUCCCAUCGCUGGACUGGAUAACCUGUGCCUGUUUCUGCGGGGGUGUGGAAGCCUGGGGCUGAAGGGCACUCAGCUGUUUGAUCCUGGAGACCUGCAGGACACCUCUGUACGUGCCAACCUCAGGGGUUCAGACUGCAGCAGAAAGCUGAAGAAUGUAUUAAUCACCAUAUACUGGCUGGGGAAGGCGGCUCAGAACAGCACUUCCUACAGCGGCCCCACCCUGGACCUGAAGGUGUUCGAAGGGCUGUUGUCUCAGAUGAAGAAGGACUCUGAGGAUACUGAGACUCUGAGGGGCAGUAUCGGGGACAGCGGGUACAUUGACAGUGGUGAGGCGGAGCACAGCGAGUCUCUCUCUCCCCCCCACGGCCGGGGCGACUCCUUUGACAGCCUGGACUCUCUGGGGUCCCCCUCCCCCGAUGUGCUGAUCCCCGCCUGCAGCGAGGGCCGUGGCAGUGACUCUGAGUGUGACGGACCCCGAAGGCUGCCAGACGUUCAGAAGGACGACAUGCUGACCCGUCGCACCAUCUGCGCUGAGCCACACCCCACCGCGCCCUUCAACCAGUACCUGCCCAAUAAGAGCAGCACCAGCGCCUACGGCCCCGCCCCUCUGCGCAAGAAGAGGCCGGAUCCUGAGGAGGUGCAGACCAGUGGGAGCACAGCCACCUCCCCUAUUGGAGGAGAGCAACCAAUCAGUCGGGUCCCCUGUAUGAGACUGGGGGGGGCACAGGUGGAGGGGGGAGCCAUCCGGCAGAAAACAGUGACCUGGGGAGGGGAGAGCCGGGCGGAGCCAGCCCUGUGGGAGGGGCCAGAGGAACAGGAAAUGCGCAGGAUGCAGAAGCUGGAGAAGGCGGGAAUCCGCGUGCUUCCUGCUGCCGUGCGCUACCUCAGCCUCAAACACGUGGCAGAGGAGGAGCCAAUGGAGGAAGCCACACCCCCUUGCCCCAGCAUCGUACUGCGCAAGGCCAGCGACUUCCUGCAGCAGGCAGAGCAGGCCUGGGCCUCUGACGAGGAGGAGGACGACGAAGGGCGCCGGCUGCCGGACGUGCAGAAGGACGACCUGGCAUCCCGCCGUGCCAGAAUGAGUCAUUCAGCUCCCAGGGUGCACCACUUCCUGCCCUCGGCCAGCGAUGGCCAUGUCAGGGAGGAGUGGGAGGGGCUCCGUCGGGCGUGGCAGCGGGCGGCCCUCAGUGAAAGUGAGGCUCACACCGCCCCCUGUAAAGAGGAGGAGGAGCAGGAGGGGGGGCGGGGCCCCCAGGCCCUCCCCAACCUGGAGAAGGACGAUCUGUCCCGCCGGAGAGCGCAGAGCCGACCCCCCCCCAGGGCCCCCCCACAGCCCUUCAUAAACGCCUCCAUCACCCCCUCCGACCUGCAGACGUGGCAGCGCCUCAAAAUGUCCACCGAGCCCAGUGAGACCCCUCCCCCUGAGAUGUCCCAUGCCAUCCCCUGUAAAGAGGAGGAGGAGCAGGAGGGGGGGCGGGGGCCCCAGGCCCUCCCCAACCUGGAGAAGGACGAUCUGUCCCGCCGGAGAGCGCAGAGCCGACCCCCCCCCAGGGCCCCCCCGCAGCCCUUCAUAAACGCCUCCAUCACCCCCUCCGACCUGCAGACGUGGCAGCGCCUCAAAAUGUCCACCGAGCCCAGUGAGGAGCCCCCUGUGUGCCAGGCCUGUCUGCAGAAGGGCUCCCUGCCCUCGGAGCAGGACCACCUGCUGCCCUCGGAGCAGGAGGACCAUGCCCUGCGGCCGGUCCCAGCCCAGCACAGCGCCCCCUCUGGCCGGCCACGCUUUGUGCACUUCGGCCCUGUGACCGAGAUGGACCAGCAGCUCUGGGAGCGGCUCCGCAUCGCCCAGCCGGGGCAGGAGGAGGAGCUGGGGGUGGGGCCGGGGAGCGAGGCCCAAACCCUCCGCCGCCUCCUCGCCUCAGCGGCUGUGGCCACGCCCACUAUUGGCCUGAGCUCCCAGCUGACUGACAAGCCGGCCAGUGCCGAUGUGAGCGAUGGAGACUCGGCCCCCCUGGCAGCUGCAGACUGUGCGCUGGACCAAACAUCGCUGUACGAGCAGGCGUGCCGGGAGAACCAGGCUCUGGACCAGAAGCUGGCCCACUACAAAGAACGUGAGGAGGAGGAGGACGAUGAAGAGGCAGGGGAAAGGGAGGGGAGGCAGCCUGACCUGCAGAAAGAUGACAUGCUGGUGCGAAGGACUGGGGUUUGUCAGAAGCCUGGUACGGGCUCCUCCUUCAACAGAUUCCUCCCUCUGCCGGGGUCCUUCAGGGGGACUCCCAAAAUCAAAACCGAGGCCUUGCCCUAUACCCCCAAAACCAAGGCCGAGGCCCUGCCCUCUACCCCCCAAACCAAGACGGAUCCACCCCCAGAUAUCCCCAAAAUCAAGACAGAGGGCCUGCCCUCUACCCCCCAAACUGAGAUGGAUACACUUCCAGAUAUCCACAAAAUCAAGACAGAGGGCAUGUCAGAUACCACCAAAACUAAGAUGGAGGCCCUGCCCGAUAACAUGCAGAGAGAGCCUUUUCUGGACAGCUCCAAAAGUAGGGUGAAGAUGAACCUCAGCAAACCCCAAACCAGACAGGAGCUCAGUGUUGCCACUUCAGUGCUUCAUCACCCAGACCCCCAGAAAGACAGGAUAAAUCACCCAGACCCCGAGAAACGCAUUGCUGCCUCUGCCAAACCUGUUCCUGGAGUAGCAGAGAUGAUCCAAGUGGCCACUGCCUACUACGGCAGUCCUGAUGACUACAACAGUGAUGAUGAUGAUGAGUAUGAAGAAGAGAGCCAUCCAGAUUUGGGGAAAGAUGACAUGCAUGCACGCAGAACUGGGCAGUUCCAGAAAGUUCCAGGGGGUGGUGUUACACCAGCCAUCAAUCCUUUCUUACCUGUGCCUGGAUCUGUGAAAUUCAAAUCUACGCCUACACCCACCUCCAGUCCCUCGUCUCCUUACGUCAAACCUUUGGAGUCGGAGCCAGUGUCAGACGCUCACAGCAGCUCAAGCUUGUUCUCGGCAGAGCUAAACUGCCCACCCGUGCCUGCUGCUACCAGGACGACUGCUACCACAACAACCUCCACCUCCAUGACGAGUCCCAUCACCCUCUCCCCAAAACACAGCGCUGCCCCCUCUGCACCCCCCCUGCCCCUCUCCAGCACCCUGCAGAGCGAGCCCCGCCGCAGACCCUCCUGGUUAGAUGAUCUCCCCCCAAUGAGCGUGAGCAUGACGGACAUGCGGUGUGAGGAGACAGCGGAGCAGGCCCUUGGCGAGGCGCGGCAGGAGCUCAUGCAGAGCCAGUACAACCAGCACCGUGAGGAGGAGAGCCAGUGGCAGGAUGACCUGGCUCGCUGGAAGAACCGCAGGAGGACUGCGUCUCAGGACCUGAUAAAGAAGGAGGAGGAAAGGAAGAUGAUGGAGAGAUUGAUGGUUAGAGAUGACAGAGCGUCCCAACGGAGAAAGAGCAUCAAGACCUACAAGGAGAUUGUGGAGGAAAAGGAGCGCAGAGAGCAGGAGCUGCAUGAUGCGUACCGCAGCGCGUGUUCCCCUGAGGAGGCUGCCACCGUGCUGCGUCGCUACGCCCAGCGCUUCACCCUCAGCGACGCCGCUCUGGAGAGACUGCAGCUGUCCAAACCGGCAGAGCUCGCUGCCCCUGGCCCUGCCCCCUCAGCUGGCCCCACGCCUGCGGCCCCUGGCCCUGCCCCCUCAGCUGGCCCCACGCCUGCGGCCCCUGGCCCUGCCCCCUCAGCUUGCCCCACGCCUGUGGCCCCUGGCCCUGCCCCUUCCCCUGUGGCCACUGGUCCCGCCCCCUCACUUGGCCUCUCCUCCUCUUCAGGCCCCACCCCUUCCCAGACCACAGACUCCUGCUCUGUUACCACUACCCUGAUUCCUAAGUUCUCUGCCACACUGGAGACUUCAACUAUGGCCCCUGUACAGGCCUACGCCCCAUCCUGCACCGCCCCCAGCAAGCCUGUGCCCCUUCUGACACCCAAACCAUACAGCCAGCCCUCGAGCUCACAGAGAGGCAGCAUUUCAGUCAAGGCUCCUCCCACCCCAGUACAGGCUCCUGUUGCCCAGAGGAAGGACACGCCUCCCAGCCAACCUGACCAGGAAGCCACACCCUCCCACCCCAGGCCCCUGCCCACAUGCCAUAGGGCCCUGGGUGUGUCUCAGGGUGUAUAUGGACCAGCACAGAGCCCAGCUGAGCCCACAGAGGGAGGGGCCCACACACCUGGCUCUCCUCUGCUGCCAGAGGGCAGGGAGAAAGACAGCUCGUCUCAGGUGGAUCACUGGUCCUGGGAUCCUGAUGAGGAGCGGAAGAGGCAGGAGAGAUGGCAGCAGAAGCAGGAGCUCUUGCUUCAGGAGCGGUAUGAGCAGGAGCAGGAGAAGCUGAAGAGGGAGUGGGAGAAAGCGCAGAUGGAGGUGCAGGAGGAGGAGAGGAGGCACCAUGAGGAGGAAAGGAGGAUUUUGGAGGAGACGAUGCCCUCCCUGAGCCCCCGCUCCUCAGCAUUGUCCUCCCCCCUCCGUGGGGGCCUGUCCCCACCUCCCGGCCCCCAGGACCUCACCCUCCCAUCGCCAGCCAACAUGGAGCUAAAGCAGGAGCAGCCUGUGCAGGCGGUGUCACCAGAGGAAGCACUCAUGGGACAGAAGGACCGCAGUGAGACACACAGAGUCUCGCUGCCCCUGACCCCAGUCCUGCCGGAGCUGAAUGCAGCUCCUCACCAGAACGGCCAGAGUCUCCCUGCAGAGCCGAGCAGAAGCACAACGCCCCAACAACAGCCUUUCAACUCACCCUGGAGCAGUAAACAGGCCCAGAGUGCACAGCAGGAGGCAGAGAAGAUGCAGAAGAAGACUGCGUCUUUAGAUCGCAACCUCAACCCACAGCCUGGAAGAGCAAAGAGGUGUGGAUCUUGUGAAAAUGUAGCGACAAACUCAUCACCUGCAAACUCAUCUUCCAUCCAUCCCCAGUCCCCAAACAGGUCAGUGAGUGGCAGGAAACUCUGCUCCAGCUGUGGGCUCCCGCUAGGGAAAGGAGCUGCUAUGAUCAUCGAGAGCCUCCAUCUCUGCUUCCAUAUCCAGUGUUUCACGUGUGGGGUCUGUAAAGGUCAGCUUGGGGACACCAGCUCAGGGACUGAUGUCAGAAUUCGUAAUGGCCUCCUCAACUGCCACCAGUGCUAUGUAAAGUCCCGUGCUGCUGGCCAGCCCACCAUAUUGUGACCUACCGGGACCUCCACACAGCUCAGACACAGAGCACAUUUCAGCUUGUUCAUACCUGCGUUCAUCCCUGUUUGAGAGAACAUUUCAGCAUGUUCAUACCUGCUUGUCCCAAGACAAUCGCCACUGGGACCCCAGUCAGGACUGAAGAGUUGGAACAUGUUUUCCUUGCUCACGAGAAUCAAGUUAGAAUGACCUCAACUUGGCUCGCAACAGACAUAGGAAGUGGUUUUCCUCUGAUAAACUAACACCUGGAUGUGACAUUACCAUAUACCAACCCAACUGACCUCUGAAUCGUAUUAUGACUUGUUUUUUUGUGUGUGUGUGAUACAUCACAAUUUGGCAUUCUAUAUUAAACAUAAAUAAUGCAAUAUAGGAAUCUGCUAAUGCAAUAAUUUUGUUUCUGUAACUGAACAUUAUGCAAAAAAAGGUGCAUGCAUUUUCUCUUUUUGCAAUCUGGUCUUAAUUAUGUUUUAAUGUGUGUUUUAUUUAGUGGCUGGCUUUUGCUUCUCAGCAGUUUGUGAAAUGAAGAAGCACUUUAUAUUAUUAUUUUUAUUAUUAAUAAUAAUUAUUAUUAUAUGAUGUAUCCAGUGGACAUCAUAGGUCUGCAGAGACUUGAGUAUAAAUCACACUGGAACUGCUCCUUAAUUUUACACUCAUAAUGAUAUUUCCCAUUUCUCUCAUGUUGUAGAGAUGUGUGCAUAAUAAUGCACGCUUAUGAAACUCAGACAUCCAGGGCAUUUUUUUGGGUUACCUGAAAUUAAAGAUCUGCCUGUGUUUUGGAAUACUGUUGACCACAGUAUACAUCAGGCCAAUAAGGUUCAAAUAAUUCUGGCUCUGUCGUUUUUUCUUAUGAAUGGCAAAGUAUCAGUCGUUCCCUUCUCCCAGGAAAAAUGUCAGAUGGGUUUGUUUAGCAGCCAGAUAUUUAUAAUUCUUUAAUUGGACUUUAGUAAUGCAGCCAAUUCUCUGACUUGGCUGCCAGCAAUCAAUGCAGGGAGCUUUUAAUGGCUUUAGAACACUGAGUGUGUCUUUAAAUGGCCUGAUUUUGUGCCAGGAGUUUUUGGUUUGCUUUUCAUUAUUUAGUUUGGAAUGCCAGAGCUCGGCUACCUGCCUUAAAGUAUAAAGGCAGUUCAGAAGAUUUGAGUUAGUAUAUUUAACACAUGGUUGUUGCAUUUUUAGUUGAUUAACAUGUCAAAUUUUAUUUUCAAAAACACCUUUUAAUUUGUAUUAUCACAUAUGAUUGCAGUAAUUUAUUUAAAGAAAGAAUGCAUGGUUGCUUUUGCUGAGAUUGUUUUCCCUUGAAACCUUGAUUAGAAUUUUUAUUUACGUGGCUGGCUUGACAUGAAUUUAAACCUGUGCCUUAGGAAUGCAGCUGAUUGCACAUGUUGUGGAAUGCUGGGUCUGGAGAGUCAAUCCAAAGAUAAAGUUAUUUUAUGGUUAAUAUACACUCAGUGGCCACUUUAUUAUUUUAAUGUGUGCUUUUUUUUGUUAGUUGCCUACCUGUCAGCUUGAACCAGUCUGGCCCUUCUCUGACCUCUCUCAUUAAGAAGGCAUAUUUGCCCGCAGAACUGCUGCUCUUUUCCUGGGUGUUUUUCCGUUUUCUAGAGACUGUUGUGUAUGAAAAUCCCAGGAGGUCAGCCAUUUCUGAGAUAUUCAAACCACCCUGUCUGGCACCAACAAUCAUUCCAUGGUCAAAGUCACUUAGAUCUCAUUUUUUUCCCAUUCUGAUGUUUGGACUGAACGACAACUAAACCUCUUGACAAUAUCUGCAUGCUUUCAUACGUUGAGUUGCUGCCACAUGGUUAGCUGAUUAGAUAGUUGCAUUCGCGAGCUGGUGUACAGGUCUACCUAAUGAAGUGGUCACUGUGUGUAUGCUCACGAGAGACUAACGUGCGCGUGACCUCCGGCGGAAGUACGGGUGUGUUCACGGGUUUUUGAAUGAUGAUGCUUCUUUUGACUUUUCUUACCUAAACCAAACACAAAACGUCAAAAUGUUUCCAAAUGUAUUGGGACUGUGUAUUCAGCGUCUUGAUAUCUUGUUAAUUAUGCUCGUACGUAGGCUACCGCAUUUUUCUAAACAGCACCCCAUUGUUAAUGAGCAUACGAUACAAUUAUGAUUGCCCAUACCUGGGUGUAGAUUGUGAAUCUCUGGGUGCUAUCGGGUUUAAAAUUUUACAAAAUUAGUACCUGGUAACCUCUUAUUUAUGGUAACAUUGUAAUUGAACCAGAACCACUGUUCUACCUCCAGCGAACCCCUGAAGUUAAACCCUUUAAUUUUAGAAUGGCAGUGAUCUGGAAUUUAAGCAUAUUCCCCUUUAUGCCAUUUUGCAGUGAGAACUCAAUUAGAUAAUUUAGUGUUCCGUUGAUAUGUAUUCUGGCAGUGUUUCUGUUCUGCUUGCAUAUGACACAGAUUUAGAUAUAAUCCAAGAUGUAACUUGAUUGGCAAUUAGGAUCCUCUCUGCGCAGGGAGAGAGGUAUCUGUACGCUGGCAUUGAGAACACUAACUUGUGUACUUAUUACAAUGUUCCUUUGAAAGCAAUUUAAAUAACAGAUUAAAUAAAUGUUGAAAUGAGAUGGCUUUUAUAGCAAAUGUAUGUUUGUAAAUAAAAUGUUCAUAAUUA